AUGAAUACGUUCGGUCACCUUUUUCGGAUUACGACCUGGGGCGAAUCGCACGGCGGGGCUGUUGGCGUUGUCGUUGACGGAUGUCCACCACAAAUUAACCUGGAUAUAUCCGCGAUACAAUUUGAACUGGAUCGACGGAGACCGGGUCAAAGCCAUCUCACGACACCGCGUCAGGAGAGCGAUACUGUUGAAAUACUUUCUGGGGUCUUUGAAGGCAAAACGCUCGGAACGCCUAUCUCCAUGCUGGUCUGGAAUAAGGACGCGCGUCCUGCAGCCUAUGAACAUCUGAAAGAUGUCUAUCGACCUUCACACGCCGAUUUUACGUAUCAAGAGAAGUACGGCAUCCGGAAUUGGCAGGGUGGCGGUAGAGCGAGUGCACGGGAAACCAUCGGACGUGUCGCGGCGGGGGCAAUUGCGAAGCAGGUCUUGCGUGAGGUGUCCGGAACUGAAACGCUCGCGUAUGUCAAACAGAUUCAUACACUCGAAGCCGAAGUGGAUGCAGACACGGUGACGCUUGAAAAUAUAGAGGCGAGUCCUGUCCGGUGUCCCGACCCGAUUGUUGGUCCGAAAAUGGCGGAACGCAUCGAUCAGGCGCGGCGUGAUCUUGACUCUCUCGGUGGUAUCAUUGAAUCAGUUGCUCGUAAUGUCCCUGUAGGACUCGGCGAACCUGUAUUCGAUAAACUCAAAGCGGAUUUGGCGAAAGCAAUGAUGUCUCUUCCCGCAACGAUGGGUUUCCAAAUCGGCUCCGGCUUUGCGGGUGUUACGAUGACGGGAUCUGAACAUAACGAUCCCUUUUAUCUCGAAAAGGACGACGGGAUGGAGCGCAUUCGGACGCGCACAAAUAAUUCCGGCGGCACACAGGGCGGUAUUUCAAACGGCGAAAAUAUUCUGUUCCAAGUCGCUUUCAAGCCGACAGCGACAAUCGGUAAACCGCAACAGACUGUUGAUAUGCACGGGAAUGAGGUGACAUUAGAGGCAAGCGGACGACACGAUCCCUGUGUUUUGGUACGAGCACCCGCUAUUGUCGAAGCGAUGGCAGCACUCGUCCUCACGGAUCAUUUACUCCGCCAG